AUGAUGGAGUGUGGAAGCUGGGCUUUUCCAUGCACAGGGUGGGAACAGCAGGACCCUGAGAUAAAAACUGGGGACCAGAAGGAAGAACUUGACAACUUUGAUUGCUUUGCUACCUGCACAGGGAGCCUGGAGCCAGAGGGAAUGGGCCCUGGGAGCCUUGGAUCUCCUCUUCAGGAGGUGAUGACAUUCAAGGAUGUGGCUGUGGACUUCACCCAGGAGGAAUGGGGCCUCUUGGACCAUUCUCAGAAGGAGUUGUACAAGGAGGUCAUGCUGGAGAAUGCCAGGAACCUGCUCUCUCUGGGACUUCCAGUUCCUAGAGAAGAUGUGAUCUUUUAUUUUAACCAAAGGGAAGCGCCAUGGAUGCUGGACCAAGAAGGCCUGAGUUGCUGCCCUCCAGGAGAUAUGGGAAUUGAAAUGAAAGAAACUACUGCACACAGAAGCCUGUCUAUGGUAGAAAGUCACAUGCAAAGAUUCAUGAGUGAUAGUCUCUGUGAUUUUACUUGGACAGAAAUCUGUAUGACACAUCAGAGAAUCCACACUGGAGAGAGACCUUAUGAAUGUAAGCAGUGUGGGAAAGCUUUUAGGUGUAAGACAAAUCUCACUAGACAUCAGAGAAUCCACACUGGAGAAAAACCUUAUGAAUGUAACCUAUGUGGAAAGGCUUUUAUAGAAAGGAGACCCCUUACUGCACAUCAGAGAAUUCAUACUGGAGAGAAACCUUAUAAAUGUAACCAAUGUGGAAAGGCCUUUAGGCAAAUGGGAACUCUUACUGCACAUCAGAGAAUCCACACUGGAGAAAAACCUUAUGAAUGUAACCAAUGUGGAAAGGGUUUUACAGACAAUAGAUCACUUAGUUUACAUGAGAGAGUCCACACUGAAGAGAAACCUUUUGAAUGUAAGCAAUGUGGAAAGGCCUUUAGGCAAAAGGGAAGUCUUACUGUCCAUGAGAGAAUCCACACUGGAGAGAAACCUUAUGAAUGUUACCAAUGUGGAAAGGGUUUUACAGACAACAGAUCACUUAAUCAACAUCAGAGAAUCCACACGGAAGAGAAACCAUAUGAAUGUAACCAAUGUGGAAAGGCCUUUAGGCAAAGGGGAAGUCUUACUAGACAUCAGAGAAUCCACACUGGAGAGAAACCUUAUGAAUGUAAACCAUGUGGAAAAAGUUUCAGGUACAAGACGAGUCUUACUGGGCAUCAGGGAAUCCAUACUGGAGAGAAACCUUAUGAAUGUAAUCAAUGUGGAAAGGCUUUUAUAGACAAUAAAUCACUUACUGUACAUGAGAGAACCCACACUGAAGAGAAACCAUAUGAAUGUAACCAAUGUGGAAAGGGCUUUAGCAAAAGGGGAGUCCUUACUGCACAUCAGAGAAUCCAUACCGGAGAGAAACCAUAUGAAUGUAACCAUUGUGGAAAGACCUUUAGGCAAAGGGGAGUUCUUACUGCACAUCAGAGAAUCCACACUGGAGAGAAACCUUAUGAAUGUAAGCAGUGUGGAGAGACUUUUAGGUAUAAGAUAAGUCUUAUUGUACAUCAGAAAAGUCACAUGGGAGAGAAAUCUUAUGAAUGUAUCCAAUAAGGAAUGAGCUGUAUAAAAAUUUGAUUGGCUAGUGCCAAAUUUGUGAAGAAAGGUAAAAUGAAGAAGAACAUGAAUCAGAGAACAUUGGGAGAAGAUGUGGUGGUAAUGAUUCCUUUUAUAUUUAGCCUUCUCUAGCCAUAACCCAAGGGUACAGGGAGAAAGGAAACAAAAGAUGAGUAGGGAUAGCAAAUAGGUUCUUAGGCAUAUUGGAUCCUUCUUUUCCACCUGAUCAUCUAUUUUAAAGGCAGCAUGGGAGAAUGGAAAUAUUACUAGAUUUGGAUCCAGAGGACAUGGAUUGAAAUACCACUCUGAUGUUGGA